GAAAAAUCGAUGUCCGAACCUCGUAGGUAUCCAUACAGCAGAACACCCCCCGUGAACAUACACAAAGAGGCGUAUGUAGACGGCGAAACACGCGAUGUGUCUAUUAUAAAUGAGCGCGGUGCACCGCGGCCUGGUGUGGUUUGCGGCGUCGUCGGCGGCGGCUAGUGUGAUGGGCGGUGAAACGUAGGGCACGCGUCGUCGUGUUUUCUGUGUGCGUGUGCUGCUGCGGACGGCGGCGGCGGCGGAUUGGCAGACGUUUGCGCGGUUAAGUCGGGUCGACGAUGAAUGAUAAUAUAAUAUUUUACAAUAAUAUUGCGCGAACGGCGCGGCGUGCGGGUGUAACGUAUACGCGUGUACGUUUGCCGCACAUGUCGAUAGCCCGCCGCAGUCGCGGGACAUGCGGCCAUGGGAUGCGGACACUCGGAUCGCAAGUCGUCCGGUUCGCGGACAACGGCGUCUGCGUCAUCGUCGCCGGACCGUCGGGAUGUCGUCGGUGCAUGGUGCGGCGGCCGGGUCGCGCGCGGUGGCGACAACCGGCACGCCGAUGACGCGUUCGCGCACUACAACAAUUACGGCGCCGCGGGAUUUCACGCCGGGUUUCCCGUCCACCGUAUUACCAAAGUGACGCAGGUUGAACAGGUGGAUGUUUGUGAAGAACAAAAUAAUAAAAUAUCUAUACAUGAUGAUUAUAACAAUUCUCAAGGGUUCCCAGAAGUAUUGACAAUUAAUGGUAGUUGGAUAUAUGGCUUAAAUGCAGGAGGAUCAAGGAAUAAUUUAGACAUGUUUGAAACAAAUCCUCAAUAUUUGCUCAAAUUUCCUACAGGAAUCUUAGAAGAAAAUUUAUUUGUUACAAUAAAAAUAAUAUUAAAAAUAAAACGAAAACACAAAAAAAAUCCAUUACACAUUGCAUUUUUUUUAUUCAAAAAUGAUUGUGAACAAAAAGAAACAUUAGGAGCUGAAUAUUUUUUGUGUACUGAACCAGAAGGUAGUUCAGGAGUUUUCAAAGCAAAACAAAUGAUUUCAGAAACAUUUAUAGUGUCUACAUUGAGAAGCUAUGUUAUAGUACCAGCUACUUUCAAACCAUUCCAACAAGGUGAAUUUGUGAUCAAAGUAAUGGUUGACCGAAAAAUUGAUUCCGAAUUAAAAAAAUUGAUACCGCCAACAAGACCAUCUGUUGGAAAUAUUCACAUACAAUAA